UAGAGCAGAAACCUGCCAAUCUGAACUGAAGUUCCCCUUCGAGCGGCAUUGUCAUCUCCCAAAUACCCACGACGUAGUCGCCCUCUCCUCCCUCCAGUCGACAACCCGAUAAAUCUUCCAGACUUUCGGCCGUUUGCCGAUAUAAUGGGUCGGGUUUCUUUUGCCGAAGAUACAAAAUUGCCCCAGGAUACCCAUAUCGAAGAAGAAGAGCAACCUUCUGUGUUCGAAUACCAAGAUGGCCCCGACAACAAGUCGUGGGCGGGUGCUCUGCCCUUGAAGCAGGGUCUCUAUGACCCGGAGCUCGAGAAGGAUGCCUGUGGUGUCGGUUUUGCAGCCCACAUCAAGGGCAAGGCGAGCCACAAAAUCAUUUCCGAUGCACGCUCUUUACUUUGCAACAUGACCCAUCGCGGUGCCGUGGGCUCCGAUGCACGAGACGGUGACGGCGCAGGCGUCAUGACUUCGAUACCCCACAAGUUUUUCAUUAAGGAAUUCCAGCGCGAACAAGGAUUCGUCCUCCCCCAAAUUGGACAGUAUGCGACGGGAAACCUGUUUUUCAAGCCCGAUCCUCAGAUCCUGGAUGACACCAAGAGCAUGUUCGAGGAGGUCGCAGACCAGCUUGGCCUGCGGGUGCUUGGAUGGCGUCUGGUUCCCCGGGACUCCACUCUGCUCGGUCCCGCCGCCCUCUCUCGCGAGCCUAUCAUCCUUCAGCCAUUUGUCGUGCUCAAGGAGGCCUACGGAGACGGAAAGCAGCCCAAGCCCGAAUUCGAUCAGUUGCACAAUGUCGGAUACUUCGAGCGACAGCUCUAUGUCCUCCGAAAGCGCUCUACGCAUGUCAUUGGUCUCCACAACUGGUUCUACAUCUGCUCUCUGAGCAACAAGAACAUCGUGUACAAGGGCCAAUUGGCACCCGUGCAAGUCUACGAGUACUACCACGAUUUGGUCAACGUUGAUUUCGAGGGCCACUUCGCUUUGGUGCACUCGCGUUUCUCUACGAACACUUUCCCCAGCUGGGAUCGUGCUCAGCCGCUCAGAUGGGCCGCCCACAAUGGUGAAAUUAACACAUUGCGGGGUAACAAGAACUGGAUGAGGGCCCGCGAGGGUGUCAUGAAAUCUGGUCUUUUCGGCGACGAGCUGGAUCUCCUCUACCCCAUCAUCGAAGACGGUGGCUCUGACUCCGCUGCUUUCGACAACGUUCUUGAGCUCCUCACGAUCAACGGGGUUCUCUCCCUCCCUGAGGCAGUUAUGCUCAUGGUUCCUGAGGCAUGGCAGGGUAACGACACGAUGGACCCGGCCAAGCAGGCUUUCUACGAGUGGGCUGCCUGCAUGAUGGAGCCCUGGGACGGACCUGCUCUGUUCACCUUCUCUGAUGGACGUUACUGUGGUGCAAACUUGGACCGAAACGGUCUUCGACCUUGCCGAUACUACGUAACUGACGACGACCGCAUCGUCUGCGCUUCCGAGGUUGGAACCAUCUCCAUCGAGCCGGAGCGUGUUGUGCAGAAGGGCCGUCUCCAGCCCGGACGCAUGCUUUUGGUUGAUACUGUCGCCGGACGCAUUGUGGACGACAAGGAGCUCAAGGACACUGUGUCUAGCCGAUUCGAUUUCCGCUCUUGGAUCGAGAAGAACCUCCUCACCCUCCCCAAGAUCCUCGAGCAGGUCACCGAGAAGGGUGUGGACACUUCCCUUACCCUCAGCGAGACCAGAGUGCAGGAAGAUCCCAGAUUGCGGGCUUUCGGAUACUCCUUGGAGCAGGUCAGCUUGCUUCUCGGUCCCAUGGCUGCUGAUUCCAAGGAAGCUCUCGGAUCUAUGGGUAACGAUGCUCCUCUUGCUUGCUUGGCUACCCAGCCUCGAUUGCUCUACGAGUACUUCCGCCAGCUUUUCGCCCAGGUCACGAAUCCCCCCAUCGAUCCCAUUCGUGAGGCUAUUGUCAUGUCUCUCGAGGCGUAUGUCGGUCCUCAGGGCAACGUUUUGGAAAUGGACGAGAGCCAGUGCCACAGGAUGCUGCUCCCGUCCCCCGUUCUCUCCAUCGAGGAGUACAAGGCUCUCACCAACACUCACGUCCUCCACCCCGAGUGGACUGUCAAGUACAUCGACAUCACCUUCCCCAAGAGCGAGGGUGUUGAUGGCUACAUGAGUGCCCUUGACCGCAUCUGUGACGAGGCCACCGAAGGCAUCCAGAGCGGUGACAACUUCAUCGUCCUCUCCGACCGCAACACCUCCGCAGAGCGUGUUCCAGUCUCCGCACUUCUCGCCACUGGUAUGGUCCACCACCAUCUCGUCCGCAACAAGUGGCGAUCCCAGGCCGCUCUCGUCGUCGAGACUGGUGAGGCCCGUGAAGUCCACCACAUGUGCGUCCUCGUUGGCUACGGUGCUGAUGCCAUCUGCCCCUACCUUGCCAUUGAGUGUAUUCUCAAGAUGCACCGCGAGGGCCUCAUCCGCAAGAAGAUCACUCCCAAGCAGCUCAUUGACAACUACAAGCACUCUUGCGAUGGUGGUAUCCUCAAGGUCAUGAGCAAGAUGGGUAUCUCUACUAUUCAAUCCUACAAGGGUGCCCAGAUUUUCGAGGCCCUCGGUAUUGAUGACUCCGUCGUCGAUCGUUGCUUCACCGGAACAGCUUCUCGUAUCAAGGGUAUGACUUUCGAGCUCAUUGCCCAGGAUGCUUUCGGUCUGCACGAGAAGGGUUUCCCGUCCCGCAGCAUUGUCGAGAUCCCCGGCCUCGUCGAGACUGGAGAGUACCACUGGAGAGACGGAGGCGAGCCUCACGUCAACGACCCCACUGCCAUUGCCAACAUCCAGGACGCCGUCCGCACCAAGAACGACAAGUCCUACGAGGCAUACUCCCUCGCCGAGUACGAGCGUAUCAAGGACUGCACACUCCGUGGACUUCUCGACUUCGAAUUCGAGGGCCGUCAAUCCAUCCCCAUCGACCAGGUCGAGCCAUGGACCGAGAUCGUCCGCCGCUUCGUCACUGGUGCCAUGUCUUACGGUUCCAUCUCUAUGGAGUCUCACUCCACCAUCGCCGUUGCCAUGAACAGGUUGGGUGGAAAGUCCAACACUGGUGAAGGUGGUGAAGACCCUGAGCGAAGCCAGCGUCUCGAGAACGGCGACACCAUGCGCUCUGCCAUCAAGCAGAUUGCCUCUGGCCGGUUCGGUGUCACCAGCGCCUACCUCGCCGACGCCGACGAGCUCCAGAUCAAGAUGGCCCAAGGUGCUAAGCCCGGUGAGGGUGGUGAACUUCCCGGCCACAAGGUCUCCCAGUCCAUCGCCAAGACCCGUCACUCCACCCCUGGUGUCGGUCUCAUCAGCCCUCCCCCCCACCACGACAUCUACUCCAUCGAGGAUCUCAAACAGCUCAUCUACGACCUCAAGUGCUCCAACCCCCGCGCCCGUGUCUCCGUCAAGCUCGUCUCCGAGACCGGUGUCGGUAUCGUCGCCUCCGGUGUCGCCAAGGCCAAGGCCGACCACAUCCUCAUUUCCGGCCACGACGGUGGUACCGGUGCCUCGCGAUGGACCGGUAUCAAGUAUGCUGGUCUUCCUUGGGAACUCGGUCUUGCCGAGACUCAUCAGACUUUGGUGUUGAACGAUCUUCGUGGUCGUGUCAUCGUUCAGACUGAUGGCCAGCUCAGGACUGGCCGCGACGUCGCCAUCGCAUGUUUGCUCGGUGCGGAGGAAUGGGGAUUCGCGACAACGCCUCUUAUUGCCAUGGGCUGCAUUAUGAUGCGCAAGUGCCAUUUGAAUACAUGCCCUGUCGGCAUCGCAACGCAGGAUCCCGAGCUCAGGAAGAAGUUCGUGGGUACCCCGGAGAACGUCAUAAACUUCUUUUAUUACGUUGCCAAUGAGAUGCGUGCUAUCAUGGCGAAGCUGGGAUUCCGUACUAUCAACGAGAUGGUCGGUCACUGUGAGGUGUUGAAGAUUCGUGACGACCUUCGAACUGCCAAGACCGAGAACAUCGACUUGUCUCUGAUCUUGACUCCUGCCCACACCCUCCGACCGGGCGUCGCUACCUUCAAUGUUCGCAAGCAGGACCACCGUCUUCAUGUCCGACUUGACAACAAGCUCAUUGCCGAAUCCGAGCUUGCUCUCGAGAAGGGUAUGCCCGCCCGCAUUGAGUGCGACAUCGUCAACACCGAUCGUGCUCUAGGUGCCACCCUCUCCUACCAGAUCUCCAGACGCUAUGGCGAGGCUGGUCUGCCCAACGACACCAUCCAUGCCAACAUCCGUGGUUCCGCUGGUCAAUCCUUCGGAGCCUACCUCGCUCCUGGUGUCACUCUCGAGCUUGAGGGAGAUGCUAACGAUUACGUUGGCAAGGGUCUAUCUGGCGGUCGUAUCAUCAUGUACCCUCCCCGCACUGCCGUCUACAAAGCAGAGGAGAACGUCCUCCUCGGCAACGUCUGCUUGUACGGUGCCACACGCGGCCACUGCUACUUCCGUGGUGUUGCUGCCGAGCGAUUCGCCGUCCGCAACUCCGGUGCCACCGCCGUCGUUGAGGGCGUCGGCGACCACGCCUGCGAGUACAUGACUGGCGGCCGCGUCCUCGUCUUGGGCUCCACGGGCCGCAACUUCGCCGCAGGCAUGUCCGGCGGUAUCGCCUACGUGCUCGACAUGCACCACGACUUCGAGCAGAAGGUCAACCAGGAGAUGGUUGAGCUCACCGGCAUCGAAGACCCCGAGGAGAUCGCCUUCGUCCGCGGCCUCAUCGAGGACCACCACCACUACACUGGCUCCGAACUCGCCGCCCGCAUCCUCCUCGACUUCACCCGCGCUCUCCCCCGCUUCGUCAAGGUCAUGCCCACCGACUACAAGCGCGUCCUGCAAGAGGAAGCCGCAAAGAAGGCCGAGGAGAAGAAGAAAGCCUACCCUCUCCCCAUCCUCCCCGGCAACCCCGUCCGCGAGGCCCACGAGGACUCCCGCAAGCACGAGCACGAGGCCCAGGACAAGAAGAAGGCCGACCUGCUCGACAUCGAGGAGAGCGUCACUGAUGCUAAGGCCGAGAAGAAGAAGGCGCUCGUGCUCGACAAGACCCGCGGCUUCAUGAAGUACCAGCGGAGAUCGGAGAAGUACCGCAACCCUAAGACGCGUACGCGUGACUGGCAGGAGCUUUCUCAGCGUCUGAAUGAGGAUGAGCUUAAGUACCAGACUGCGCGUUGCAUGGACUGCGGUAUUCCGUUCUGUCAGUCUGAUAGUGGUUGCCCGAUCAGUAACAUUAUCCCCAAGUGGAACGAAUUGGUCUUCCAAAAUCAAUGGCGCGACGCCCUCAACCGUCUCCUCAUGACCAACAACUUCCCCGAGUUCACUGGCCGUGUCUGCCCAGCUCCUUGCGAGGGUGCCUGUGUUCUUGGCAUCAACGAGGAUCCCGUCGGCAUCAAGUCCAUCGAGUGCGCCAUCAUUGACCGCGGAUUCGAGAUGGGCUGGAUGGUUCCCAACCCACCCCAGACCCGCUCUGGCAAGACCGUUGCCAUCAUCGGAUCCGGUCCUGCUGGUCUCGCCUGCGCCGAUCAGCUCAACAAGGCUGGUCACUCCGUCACCGUCUACGAGCGUGCCGACCGUGUUGGUGGUCUGUUGAUGUACGGUAUCCCCAACAUGAAGCUCGACAAGAAGGUCGUCCAGCGCCGUGUCGACUUCCUCGCAGCCGAGGGCGUCACUUUCAAGACCAACGUUGCCGUCGGCGAGGAUGGCCAGCCCAGUCUCGAGUCCCUCCGUGGCGAGAACGAUGCCGUUGUUUUGGCCACCGGAGCAACUGUCGCUCGUGACCUCCCCAUCCCCAACCGCAACUUGAACGGCGUCCACUUCGCCAUGCAGUUCUUGCACAAGAACACCAAGUCUCUCCUCGACUCUGAGCUCGCCGACGAGGCCUACAUCUCCGCAAAGGGUAAGCACGUCGUUGUCAUCGGCGGUGGUGACACCGGUAACGACUGCAUCGGAACCUCCGUCCGCCACGGCGCCAAAUCCGUCGUCAACUUCGAGCUCCUCCCUCAACCCCCGCCAGAGCGUGCCCGCGACAACCCUUGGCCCCAGUGGCCCCGCAUCUACCGCGUGGACUACGGCCACUCGGAAGUCAAGACGCACAUGGGCAAGGACCCUCGCGAGUACUGCGUGAUGUCCAAGGAAUUCGUCGACGACGGCGAGGGCAACGUCAAGGGCAUCAACACGGUCCGCGUCGAGUGGACCAAGUCGUCCACGGGCGGCUGGGACAUGAAGCAGAUCGACGGCAGCGAGCAGUUCUUCCCCGCGGACCUCGUCCUCCUCUCCAUGGGCUUCCUCGGCCCCGACCAGCGCGUCCUCGGCGGCGCCGUCGACCUCGACCCCCGCAAGAACGUCAAGACCGCCCCCGGCCACUACAGCACAAACCUCCCCGGCGUCUUCGCCGCUGGUGACUGCCGCCGCGGUCAAUCCCUCAUCGUCUGGGGCAUCAACGAAGGUCGCCAGUCCGCCCGCGAAGUCGACUCCUUCCUCACCGGCGUCAGCAGCCAGCUCCCCGUCACCGGCGGCAUCGUCAAGCGCCCGCCCUACGAGCUCCUCGGCAAAGCCGACGACACCGCUGCUCCCACCAUCGCCGUCACCGCCUAAACCUCCCCCUCU